CUUCAUCGUUUUGUAUCGUCGCAAUGCGCCAGGUUACCGCAUGCUACAGUGCAGUAGUUUAUGGGCUCAAAGGCUACCUCAAUGUUGGAAUGUUGCUGUUUUACGGUGGGUUGUGCAUUUCCAUAUGGAUAAUAUAUGCAACCGUACAGGCAGCGCAGAGUGUACAAAACAGCGUCAGCGCUCUGACGCACAGCUUCAAACUGCUUUUCGUACUAGAACAAGCGAAUGAAUAUGCAGAUGAAAAUAAGCUAAAGAUAGUAAAACAGCUUUUGCAAAUAGUUACAACGCGACCAAUAAAAGUAAAAGCCUUUGGUGGUAUUGACGUCAACAUGACGCUGAUUCCCGCGUGCCUCAGCAUCGUCGCGGUCUACACUAUCAUCGCUCUCCAGUUCAACAAAAUCGUGUAACGCGUCGCUCUCCGAUUUAACAAUGUCGUAUAACGUAGUGACCUAAAAU